AUGUCGUCCAGCGCAAUUGACCACGAUCUUGGCUCCAAACUGGGAUAUGAAACGGAAAACAUUCGAUUCGUUUAUGGAUCUGCAAAUGAUGCUCCAGUGAGCAUAAAAGUAAAUCCUUCCCUGGAUCCAUUCAUGAGAUCAGCUGUGGAGAGGUUCAAGAAAAUUUUCAUAGAUAUUUGGUAUGCUCGCGUAUACGGUUACGUUCUUAAGCACGAUUAUUCAUUUUCCCUCACCACAAGGGCUGUAGCAGAGGAGGUCGUUAAACAAUUGAAUAAGCUCAUCUGUCCUAUCAUCGAAUCUGAAGCGUAUGAUCUUGCUGAUUUUGGUUUGAAUACGCUUAGCCGCAGUGUCGCUACUGUACAGUCAUCUAUAAAGGUGUAUGCUAAUGUGGUUAUCGCAUUGAAAAAGGAUCGUCUGAUUGGAGGUCAAGUACUGACAAUGCUAUACAACAUGCGAAUGAAAGUCAUAAUGGAGAAGGAGAUGCGCGAUAUCCAGGAUCUAUUCGAGGUUGCUUGGAAGAUGUUUGCGAUGAGAGUAGGUGCAUGGGUGGAGCAGGGAUUGGUCAACGACUCGGAAUUAGAGUUCAUUAUUUGGCCCACUUCUUCAUUGUCUGCAUCAAUAUCUCAGAGAAUUCUUGCUGAUGCUACCAUGAAGCUGGAUUCAUCCGAUUAUGUUCUAAUUGAAGAACUCUGCCCAACAUUCCUUCUCGAUUUAUUACCUUCCAUCGCCAAAUGUGGCGAUUAUAACAACAUGAUGGACAAGGCGCGAAUGAGUGAAGGGAAGGUCUCGACAGAUUGGUCCAAGAUGGACGUGACUGGAUUGCAUCGUAAGGUUCAAGAGAUCGAAAGGGAAAAGUCGGCAGUUGUAUUGAAGCAGUUAUGUGCCAGCAUUUCAUUUGACGAUGCAAUACGGGACACAAUGGCGUUAUUGCUUGACGGGAAAGAUAUUGAUAUUUUGUUGAGAUCGUGCCAAAAAGAGUCAAUCCUCGAUCGACCCAUCGAAGAAGUUUCAAAGCAACAACUCCGACGAGUAUCUGAAUCGUUUAUAAAAGGUGUGGCCAGGAAAUUUCCCUUUGUGUCGAAUUUCAAACUUACGCCAUCUGACAAAUGUGUAUUCGAAGAAUUGAGAGAUUCCGGUCUUGUAAACGAUGCACCUGCGGAAAAGCUCGAGCAACAAUCAGAGAUACUUUUCGUUGAUCGUUUGUCAUUAGAGUACACCCCUCCGUCAAAAAUAGAGAAGCUUAUUCCUAUCCAUGUUGUGAAAAUGUACACGCUCGUGUUCCGAGUAUCUUUGCUGCUGAAUGCUGCCAUCAUGUACUUAUCGGAGGCGAUUUUUGAAUUGGGUCUUGCAAGAGAUCCAACAAAGGUUGGGAGAGCCUGUAUUUUAUCGGCUCUCUAUCGGUACGUUAUCGAUCUGACAGUCAGCCUGACGAACGCUGUAGCUCGUGGUGUGACGAAUUUCACCAGUGAAAUGUCAAAGGAAAGUGGACCUGAAUCAAUGGAGAAAGUGCUACCUGAACGGCUCCGUGGAUUAGUUACUCGUUUGAGAGGACGGGAGUCGACUACGCUUUCUGAAGAUUACUACGUCAUUCUGGAAGACGUGGAAUCAAUGCAGCUUGUAGAGUGA